GUUCGGGAGUAAAAUGACUCUUAUGUGGAAUAUCUGCGUAUUAACUCAGCAAAACGAUACACAUUUUGCUGGUAGAUAGAUUAAGGAAGAGUUAUUUAAGCGGGUUUUAACGAUGUCUGCAGAACACAGAUCCGAGAUGUAUCGCACGGUCAAUGUGUACAACGCGGUGCAAGCGGAUCAUUCGAAACCGGCAACAGCGACAACGACCAGCCCUUUGACGAACGCCGUGGUGAAGCACAAGAACUGGGCCGACUUUCAAGGACCUGGCGAAUAUCCUGUGACUGUAGCUCCCGCUUUGAUCUCCCCCCUGAAGAGUUUCCCGCCGAAAGUGUUUGAACAGAUCGAAGGAGGGGACAAAACCACUCCACCAACACACUCGCCGAUAUCGGGAGCCUCGUUCUCCAAAGCACAGUACAAAUCUUCUACCACGGACAACGGUGACUCGCCAGAGAGGGAAAUCCUUUCCUACCAAAGCUCGCUGCCCAAUGCAUACGCUAACCAGCUAUUCAAGAUGACACAGAACUUUGUCCAAAGGAUGAAUGGUCUGCCUCAAGAACAGAUCUAUAGACGCAUCGAAACGACCAAUUGGGCACGUCCUGGGGAUGCGGUAAUGCUGCAAAAACAAAACUCCAAUGUGCUGCUAACGUUGGUUAAACCGAAAGUAACUACACCGGCACCGGCCCGUGUUUACGGUGCACCGGAUGUGCUCCUCAGCAGACCAGCGCACCUUAGUCAGGUUCUAUCGUACCCCAGUUCGAGCCACUGUAACGAGCACACGGAUGGAGUGUUGAAUUUGGACACGAAACACGAUGCAUCCACAAUGAAACCCCCCGUGCAUCCCGCAGCAAACAGUAAUUCGUCCAUUCGGAUACCUAAGGUGUCGAAUAUAGUGACAAUCGUGAAAUGCGGCAAUGCGUCAGCCAUGGGACAGACACCAGGGAACCAUGUCCCUACGACAUUCAGUACUUCGGGGCCCUCGAGCACCUCCCUUAUCCAGGCACCGUCAGGCAUUGCUGCGUUCCCGUGCCCUGCAGUAGUGCCAUUGAGAUACAACCUUCCGAUCCGAGUUAAUGAUAUUCCUCCCGAAACUCGCGAACAAUGGAAAAAUAUACAGAACAACAAUUUGCAAAGGUUGCUGGCUCAAAUGCAGAGUGCGCGUAGCAUGCAGCUGGAAGUGCGGGAGAAAUCAGUAGCGAAUGGGUUGCCAUCGACUGAAAGCAGUGAUCCAUUGUUUCUCAUGGAAACCGAUCCUACGAAGAAGAGAAAGAAUGGCAAUGGUUUGCCGGAUGUGAAGAAGAAACCUCGCAAUCGACCACGCCACAAAAUGCGCCCACAGGAACCGUUCCUUCAGGAUGUGCCCUGCUACAACCUACCGUCUCGGUUGCCCCGUUGUCGCGAGUGUGGCCGAUCGCGCACUUGCCGUACGCGAAAUUCCAUCAAUAUUUUCUGUCGCUUCAUAGCGUUCCGCAAACUCAAGUACAAUGAAAAAGGAAAGGUGGAGACAUUCGGGUUUGCAAAUCCCCGGCAGGACCCGGGAGAAGCUGACAUUAGUCUGUGGAGCGCCAAUCUGAAGCAGGUUCCCGUAGAUCUGUCUACUGAGAAGGCCAAGUUUUUGCUCGGGCAGGUGGGAUAUAAGUUUUGCGAGCUUUUCUACCAAGAAAAGGAAGCCUACUUUGAGCACAUGGCGGAAGAUAAGACCGUUGCUUGGAAACAGGCCGUUCGGGGGGUGCGAGAGAUGUGCGAUGUGUGUCAGACGACACUCUUCAACCAUCAUUGGGUGUGCAGUUCAUGUGGAUUCGUGGUAUGUCUGGACUGUUACAAGUGUCGCAAAAAUGGUAUUCGAACGAUAGAAUCAACGACCAAAGAUAAGGAUGCUAACGGUUGGUUGCUGUGUACCGUUACAAAGGAACCGCACCUCCAGUCGCUUCUGCUGCUAACACAAAUCAUCCCGGGCAACUGCUUGUACAAGUUGGUUCACCAAAUGCACGGUAUCUGUGCUUUGCUCGAGAUUCCGCUCAACUGUGAGUGCCCGUUGAGUCAGGAGGCACGCUUCCGGAAGAUUAAGGACAAGUUUCAAUUCAUUUAUCCCAUGCCCAUUUAUCCCAUUGGUAGAGAAAUGGGUGGCGCCGGGACCACCGAUGUUCCAAAUCUGGUAUCGGUCACUGUCAAAGAGAUAAACCCAGUAACAGUGGCCAACUUACAGAAAGAUGAGAAAGACGGAAAAGCGAUUGAUUGUAGCAUCGUGUUUGCAAGGCAAUUGCGUACAAACCCGCCAGCAGCAGCGAUCCGAACGGAACAGGCUGGUGCGGUCUCACCACGACGAGAGAAGCAAGGAUAUAGCUUUGAUGGUUUUCAACAAGAGAUUCGAACCGACGGUGAUCAUUUUGACGAAAGUCUCUACAAAUUGCCUUCUUCAGCGGGCGAAACUACGAAGGACAAUUGUGCGGCUGAGGUUGAAGAGGAUUUAGUAAAAGCGGGUGAUACAGCGAUGAAGUUGAAUGUUCCAGAAGAAGAAGAACACGAUAAUACCACCAGCUGCGAAAGCGUCGACAGUGCGCGUGCCGCUAACAGCGAUCUCAUUUCAAGUGCCAAUGAUGGCACUAGUGCCACCGACGAAGAUAAAAUGGAACCAUCGGAAUCAACAUCAACUGAGCAGCCAGUAAUUGAGCAGAAUCAAUCGCCGGGUGUUAAGCCUGAAGUUCGACCGGAAGACAAUCACGAUAAGGCGUCUUCAGGCAAGGCAAACUCCGCUCGUGCUGCCGAAUUGGUGAAGCCGCUCGUGUUGCCAUACAGCGAGGAAGGACGCUUCAAAGCUUCGCCACCGAUGGACUCCAAAACGUUCGCCAUGAUCGUGAAACAGAUGGUAAAGUUCGACCAAAGUAUCAACAUAUUCAACACCAUCGAAAAACACAUGACGACGGCGAGGGAAGAAAUAGGAAAUUCCGUCUCCCAUUUAGGCGACUUUGUGGAGAUUGUGGCUAUUCAGCGAGAGCGGUUGCACCAAUUUCUUUCGGAUUUUUUAAACGAUUUCGUGUUCCUGAGCGGCCAGCAGCAGUACGAUAAUCCGUCGAAUGAACGGCUGAUUCUUGAGUACAAUGUUCGUAUGAAGGAGAGCAAGAACCAGUUCCGCAGCAAAGCCGAACGGAAGAUGACGCUGGCUGUAUCGAAAAAGCUGUACCCGAACGUAUCGCACGAGUGGCUUUGUAAUGGGAAGCUGUUACGUUUGCUGGAUCCACUGGAUGGUAACAACUACCGGACGUUCCACGAACAGUGGGAACGCGGCCAACCAGUGAUGGUGUCGUCGGUUUCGCGCGCGAUGAACAUGGAACUCUGGAAGCCGCAAUCGUUCGGCCGCGAUUUCGGGAGUCAGCUGAAUGAUCUCAUUAACUGCCUGAAUGGGAAGAUUGUCCGGGGUCACGAGAUGCGCGUGUUUUGGGAAGGUUUCGAACGCAUUGGCGACCGUCUCAUUGACGAGCGCCAGCGACCGAUGAUGCUGAAACUGAAGGAUUGGCCACCGGGUGACGAUUUUGCCGAAAUGAUGCCGACCAGAUUUUACGACCUCAUGAAAUCUCUCCCACUGGCAGAGUACACGAGGCGUGAAGGGCGCUUAAAUCUGGCCAGCCGACUGUGCAGCUUCUUUGUGCGACCUGAUCUCGGUCCAAAGAUGUACAGUGCGUACGGAUCGGCCCUGCACCCCAACAAAGGUACCACAAAUUUGCACCUGGACAUAUCGGAUGCCGUGAACGUGAUGGUGUACGUCGGAGUGCCAUCCGAUGUACGACGAGACGGGUACAAUAACAAAAUUCUCAAAUCGCUCGAUGCGGACGCUUGCGAUGCACCGACCAUGCGCAGAUUGAAGCAGCGACGGGAGCUACCGGGUGCGUUGUGGCACAUUUAUCAUGCUCAGGAUGCGGACAAGAUCCGUUCGCUGCUUAGAACGAUCGAUCAAGAGCGUGGCAACACCGUAAAGCCAAACCAUGAUCCAAUACAUGAUCAGAAAUGGUACCUCGAUCAGAACAUGCGCCGGAGGUUGCUACAGGAGUACAACGUGGAAGGAUACUCGAUCGUGCAGUGUGCGGGCGAUGCCAUUUUCAUACCGGCCGGCGCACCGCACCAGGUCCGUAACCUGCACAACUGUGUCAAGGUGGCGGAAGACUUUGUUUCGCCCGAGAACAUUGCCUACUGCGUGAAAUUAACGAACGAGUUUCGACACCUCAGCAAGACGCACUCAAACCACGAGGAUAAGCUACAGAUCAAAAACAUUAUCUACCACACCGUAAAGGACGCGAUUUCAAGUAUCGCUAAUCCGAUGAUACAAAUGGCAAACGGUCAACGUAUCGAGAACUGUGACUCGUAAUACCGAUAGGGACAGAUGCCUUGAAACAUUGUCGGUCGUUCGUGUACAAUAAAAAUUCGAUUAAGGGAAUAACAAAAGAUAUCUAGAUUACGAAUAGUGAAACUUAUGAUAGUGCAAAAGAUAAAUAAAUGAAUUUAAACAAAACCUUA